AUGGCGGCGGCGGCGGCGGCGGAGGAGGAGGCGCCGGGGUCCUGGCGGGCGGUAGCCCCGCGGAAGAGAAGGCGCUCGGCCGCGCGGCGUCCGCGGGGGAGGGAGGCGGCGGCGCUGGGCCGGGAGACCCAGACCGAGGCGGACCGCGCAGUCGUGCUUCGUCGCCUCCAGGAGGCCGCGGAGGACCUGCUUCUGUCUGAUUUCUGGAGUCUGGCACUAGAAACCAUCGACAGCUGUCUUACAAAACAUCUGGAACAACUGAAAGCCCCUGAUGGGACUCUUUUGGAAGCCCUUGGAAACCUGCAUCUUAACUCCUCUCCAGAUGAGUCAGCUGUGACCCCUGGUGCCAUCCCAGGAGAGACCCUGGUCCCAGGAACCUGCCGUUGGAAGUGUGUAUGUUAUGGCAUUGGGAACUUUGCCACCUGUGUCAUAGCUAGAUACCAGCUAACAUUUUUGCUCCUCUUCCUGGAAAAGUGCCGGAUUCCCAGAAGGCACUGCUGGGUGUACGAUCCUCUGUUCAGCCAACUAGAAAUUGGGGUUCUGAAUAGCCUUGGUUUGACAGUUCUCAGUGAGAAUGAGGAAGGAAAACGGAGUGUGGACGGCGAACCCACCAUCUUCUACAUGCCCCACUGCGGGACGGCCCUGUACAACAACCUGCUCUGGAGCAACUGGUCGCUGGAUGCCCUUUCUCAGAUGCUCCUCAUCGGGAACAGCUUCCGAGGACUUGAGGAAAGAUUGCUGGGAAGGAUUUUGCAGAAAAAUUAUACCUACAUCGCAAAGAUUUUAAAGGGACUGGAGGAGCUUGAGCUGCCUGAGACUUCCCAGUACACCGAUGUAUUUAAUGAUACCUCCAUCCACUGGUUCCCUGUACAGAAGCUACAACAACUCCCCACAGACACUUGGGCAUUUCAGGAAGAACCAGACUAUCAGGACUGUGAAGACCUUGAAAUCAUCAGGAGGAACAAGACGAGGGAUCAUUGAGCUGCUGACUUGAACCUCCUGUGACGUGUUUGGUGCUGGGCACCUCAGCUCUGCUGAGGCAGAGCUGCUGCCAUCAGAAAUGACGGGAAAGUGCCAUGGAGGACACGCACAGAGCACAGGAAAUACUCAGUUUGGUUCCCUCCUCAGGAGGCCGUGCUAUGAAAGGGCUUAGUAUAAAGACCGAUGUGGCUCUAGGGCAUUCUCUUGGCAACCUGACAGGGAAUAUCUCCUGGAUGGAGAGUUAACUACUCUUACAGAGGCGGUUUAAAAUACCAUUUAUUUACAACUACAUCCCCUCUGCAGUCCAAGUGUCCAGCCUGCUGCAGCCUGCCCUCUCUACUUGGCCAUGUCAAUCAGGCUUUGCAGGGAGGUGGGCACCCAGGUCUUCUCGCCCUGGACAAACACGACUCCCCGGUCGAUGUAGAUGACGAUGCGGCCAAAGGUGUAAAGCUGCUUCCCUUCAUGUCGCUUCCCGAUGACCGGCAUGAAAACGAUGUUGUGCUCCUCGGCCUUGGUCUCAAUGAGAUCCUUAAAGUUCAUGGGCACAGAGCUGGCGGCCACACCAAUGCCCCUCUGGGCCAUGUUCUCAGCCUCCCGUCGCUCCUGCAUGGCCUCAUACUGGAAGUCUUUCCUCCUCUCUGUGUGGGUGAGGUAGGCUAUGUUCUCCCGUGCUCCGGGCUGCAUGUAGGCACCUGGAAGACGGAGGAGGGGAGUGAAGAGAGGGGAUCCAACUGCACAGAAAUGGAGACUCAUUUGUGACUCAGCGAAGGGCUGCUGGGCCUGACACAAAAUGCUACGACAGAUGGCAAGCACCCUCAAGAAGUUUACUCAACUGCCUGCUAUCCUAUAAAAAUGUUUCUGGCUAAUCUGUAGUAAUCAGAUUACUAACAGGAAUCACUGCAAGAAAUUUAGCCUUCCGGGGUGGAAACGUUGACAACGUACGGCCUAUCUUAGCUCUAUGUACAGGGCCAAGACCUGGGAGAAUUUAGAAUGGAUUUAGGGAGCUCAGACAGACGGUGAGGGGCACAGAUGGGAACAGCUCUAGGAGGUUGCCUGGGGCCAGGGUGGUUGAGGGAGUUUCUAGAGAGUAUGAAGCUGGGGGUGGCCCACGGUGGGGCCUGGAUGAGAACAGAGCAUAGAAAUGUAUCUGGCUCAUUCAACAGAGUAUAUAAUCUCUGAACUCACUC